UCGCGAUGCUGGACUAGGUCGGUAGUAUACGUUUUGCGGUCAUCGUGUGAGUAACAGUUCGGUUACGGCCAAGUGUUGGGUGAUUUUUCAAUUUUUUGGUUACAUAUAUCUUGUGCUCUGUAGUGUGUUAUUUAUUAAAUCAUUUUUAAAUUUAUACUCUUAACUAACUGUUUUUAGGAGUUAUAAUAUAUUGUAUUUGAAAAUGGCUGUUUCAACGUUAAACAUGACUCCAUAUUUCACAGGAUAUCCAUUCCAAGGCCAGGGUCGUAUGAAUCAGCUAGGAGGUGUUUUCAUCAAUGGUCGCCCGCUACCGAAUCACAUUAGACUUAAAAUUGUGGAAAUGGCUGCAGCCGGAGUCCGGCCGUGUGUUAUAUCACGACAGCUCAGGGUAUCACAUGGUUGCGUUUCCAAGAUUCUAAACAGGUAUCAAGAAACCGGAAGCAUCCGACCUGGUGUGAUCGGCGGAAGUAAACCCAGGGUGGCCACUCCCGACGUAGAGAGACGCAUUGAAGAGUAUAAAAAAGCCAACCCGGCAAUGUUCAGUUGGGAAAUCCGUGAUAAAUUAGUCAAGCAGGAUGGCAUUUGCGACAAAAAUUCAGCACCGUCCAUCAGUUCUAUUAGUAGAUUAUUGCGCGGUGGCAGAAGGGACGAGCUGAAAAACCAUUCCAUAGAUGGUAUUCUAGGACCGAGUAGCGCCGACGAUUCCGAUACCGAAUCCGAACCAGGUUUCCAUCUGAAGAGGAAACAACGCCGGAGCAGAACAACAUUUACCGGCGAGCAACUGGAAGACUUGGAACGAGCGUUCCACAAGUCGCAAUAUCCGGACGUUUACACCAGAGAAGAACUGGCUCAAAAGACCAAAUUAACCGAGGCCAGAGUCCAAGUUUGGUUCAGCAACCGCCGAGCUCGUCUCAGAAAGCAAAUGGGCACACACCAGCACAUGAACGCCGCAGCGGCCGCCGCGGCUUUCAACCCCGCAGCCGCUGCUGUGGUCAGCUUAUCGGCGGCCGCUGCUGCCGGCGGUUUCCAGACCGGUCACAAUGGCCACAACGGCGGUAACGGUCAAUACGGCGGCGCCGGCAAUCACCAUGAUCACGGUGCUUCUACCAGCUUCAAUUCACCCCAAGGUACUACUCAUGGCGCUUGGCCCACAGGCACUGGUUACUACACCGGAAAUUACGGAACUGCAACUGUCGGUAGUCCGACAGGUGUAAACGGCACCACCGACAUGUAUCACCAACACGCGUCGCAUCACCAUCAUCACCAGAACACUGCAACUGUUAACAGCUCUUCGUAUUCACCACAAGGUACCGACCAUUCGUUGGGCGGAUGGUCCAAGUCCAACAAGGAAACUGCGUGGAACCCGGACAGCUACUCAUUUUUCGCCGGAGGCAAUUCCAUAUACGGCCCGACCGGUACGAAUUUGGCUCCUCAUUCGGCCAGUGAAGCAAAAUCUGGUUAUCCUUACUUCGGUCAAUUGUCUCAAAUGGACGCUAUGUGUGGUAGAGUGCAUUAGCCCAAUCUCUCAAAUGACUCACACCGUCAAAACAUAUGUAACAUAAUACUUUUAUUACUACUUGAACGCGUCGAUAUUUCCUCUUCCUUAACCUGUGUUCUUUUUUCUUCCGGAUAAUAUAUUUUAUCAUAAUUAUUGUUAAAUGAGCAUUACUAUCGAAAUAUGUACUUCAUUUCAACUUAUAGUAGCAUUUUAAUAUUCUAUUAUUAUGAACUUAUUUGUUAUACAUAAUUAAUGUUUUUAAUUAUAAAUAUUAUAUCAUCAUUGUCGUUUAGUAAUCAUAUUAUUAUGCAUCAUAUACACAUAGUAAUAGUAGUUAUUUGAAUUUUUUUUGUAAAUAUAAAUUGUAUUGUAUUAUUAUUAUUAUUAUU